AUGUCAUUACGGAACGAAUCGGUGGAUCCGUCGACGCUGUACACGAAGCAGCAAUGCAUAGGCGGAGGCAGUUUCGGAAAGGUGUAUAAAGGUAUCGAUCGCCGCACCGGCCAGCUCGUCGCGAUUAAGGUUAUCGAUGUGGAGAAUGCGGAGGACGAGGUCGACGACAUCGUGUCGGAGAUAUCGAUUCUGUCGGGCAUGAACUCGCCGUACGUUACGAAGUACCAUGGCUCGUAUCUGCACGGCUCGGACCUGUGGAUUGUGAUGGAGUUUUGCUCGGGGGGCAGCUGUGCAGAUCUCAUGAAGCCGGGCACGAUUAAUGAGGCGGAGAUUGCGGUGAUUAUUAAGGAGUUGCUCAUGGGGUUGUCGUAUCUUCACGAGGAUGGGAAGUUGCACAGGGAUAUCAAGGCUGCGAACGUCCUCGUCGGCGCGAAUGGCCAGAUCAAACUCGCGGAUUUUGGCGUCUCGGGCCAACUCUCUGCGACGAUGACGAAGAAAAAUACGUUCGUCGGUACGCCGUUUUGGAUGGCCCCGGAGGUCAUUCGACAGUCUGGGUACGACGGCAAGGCGGAUAUAUGGUCGCUCGGCAUCACUGCGCUCGAGCUUGCCAACGGAGAGCCACCGUACGCCGACAUCCAUCCCAUGAAAGUGCUGUUCCUUAUCCCGAAGAAUCCCUCGCCCGCGCUGCACGGCAACUUCUCGUCGAGUUUCAAAGAGUUCAUCGAUCUGUGUUUACGGAAAGAUCCCAAGGACCGGCCGAACGCGAAGCAAUUGCUCCAGCACAGUUUCAUUCGCAAAGCAGGGAAGCCGGCCCGGUUACAGGAGUUGAUCACCAGGUAUCAGGACUGGCAGCUUCGCAACCCACGGCAGGAGGACUCUGACGACGAGGUGACGCCUCAGAAGAAGAGGGCGCCGGUGAAUGAGGAUCUGUGGGACUUUGGCACCGUGCGGCCGGUGAACAACGGUGGAAAGGCAGCCGCGCUGAGACCGCUCAAUGAUGCAAACUCCCGUAACGUGUCUCCGGCCAGGAAGCCGGUGCGGGCGUCUGGGGACGAGAAUGUUGACAUGCAAGCAGAUGACACCGUGAGACUUGCCAGUCCGCCGCCUUCUCCCACGAAGAUGCUACCACGGCUGCAGCCUCCAGCAUCUCCGACGGCGGCGGCUAGGAUUCCUCUCCCACCCUCACCAGAUAAGAGCAAAGCCACCUCGACGCCCUUCAAUUUUCCUCCACCAGGACUGGAUCCUCCUAGGAAAUCACCGGUCCCAGGCCUCUUCUCUCCACAUCCACCCAGUCGCGGUCUAGUGACACCGACAAAGCCAACGACACCGCAACAACCACGACGCCAGACACCGCUUGCUCGCGAUUACGACGACUACAUCCAGAGAUCGAUAGCAGAAGACAUGGAUGAAAUCGACGUGAAGAGCCCACAGCAGCAGCCGCGGAAUCCCACCCCUACGCGGGGCUCCGUCCUGCCAGAACCUGCACCGCAGAGCAACUGGUUCGAUCAGGGCAACGGAACGGCGAUCAAGCAAGAGAAUCGAAGUACAGCACCCGUUACGAAUGGAAAUACUAAAACCCCACAAGCCGUGAAGCAACUACUCGCUUCGGAUCACAAUGAGAGGCCGCCCGUGAUGCCUAAGCUUGUCUCCCCCCUGGAGGUCGAUUUUCAGAACCUUUCUCUCAACAACCAACCAAAGCCGCCCUCCCUCCAAAACGACCCCUUCGGCGGUCCCUUCCUCGCCGACAGCGCCCUGAAACGAGCAACCCAAACCCCCCGCUCAUCAGGCGUCGCAUCAGGCGCCUCCCUCCUCUCCGGUGGUGGCCGCGCCUCCUUGCGCGCAUCCCACGGCCAGCCAACUUCACCCUCAGGAGCCCAGGGCGAAAUCACCGCGAUAUCCGGCGUCGUGGUCCCCGCCCUGCAAGCCGCGCUCGCUCGCCGCCGCAGCCAACUACAGUACAAAAACCGCGCCGACGCGGCCGAGUCGCUGCACGAGCCCGAGGCGUACCUGGCCCGCCGCCGCCGCCGCGACGAGUGCCACGAGGAGAUCAAGCAGCGCGUCGCUGACCUCAUCGCCACGUUCCGCGAGCUCGACGAGUGGGAUGCCCGCACCGACGUGGGCAUGGGCGGCGGCGUGAAUCCGUUUCUCGAGGGGUUCCUUGAGGAGGUGCUGGUGAGGGUUGAGCCUAGUGAUGAGGAGGAGGAACAGUAG